AUGCCGUCUGGUUCAGUCAGUCGGACCGGCGCAUGCCAGCGCUGCCAUCGCAGAAAGGUUAGAUGCGACCGAACUCGGCCGUCCUGCGCGCCAUGCUCGCGGAUCAAUGUUCAGUGUACCUAUGCCGCGAGAGAACAUCAAAUACAGCUUCGUCGGCAGGAUGUCGAGAGACUUGAGCAGCGUAUACGAGAUCUACAGGCCGAGAACGACAGUCUCAAUGGGAAACUGGCCGAUGCUCAGCAGCAGCAGCAACGAGGUACCGCGGAUGAGAGGCUUGCGACACCCACUACGACUUCAAGCUUGGGACUGCAGACCGACGAGGAUGAAGCACCGGCAGCCGGGAACGGCGAGAUCGCCAGUCAGGUCAUUCACUUAUCACUCAGUGCUGGUGGAGGUCGGGACUUCGUUGGCUCGACGAGCGGCUUGUUCCUCGCCAACUUGCUACAGUCGCAUAGCCAGUUUGCCGGGGCAUCCAAUCAUUCCGUUGGCCAACACUCAAGCACAAAAUCGCGACACCAUGUUCGCUCUGGAAGCCUUGCGCCCAACGGAGCUUCAAGUCUGCCACCCAGGAACAUGGCGGUAGAGAUACUUGACGCUUAUUCCAGUCACGACCGGCUUUGCUACCCUUUCCUCUCACCCAAGGCUCUGGAUCGGGCAUUAGAUGUCGUAUAUGAUGCGGGGAUUCCAGAGACCGCGGACCCUAUCGACAGCUUUCUCGUCGACAUGACACUUGCGAUUGGGACAGCGCAAGUCUACAAGCUGAAUUGGAAUGGCUUUUGGGACUCAGAGGUCCACUACAGCCGUGCCAUGACACGCCUGGGCGAUGUGCUCUCUCGUGGGGGCAUCACUGCCCUGCAGGCUUUGCUUCUGAUCUGUCAGUACAGGAUGGGCACGACUUCACACGACACGAGCACCAGCGUGUGGCACUUGAUUGGCGUUGCGGCAAGGACAUGCUUCGAGCUUGGGUUACACAAAGCGUCGACAUAUACAAUCCCUCAAUCGCUAACUAACGACCAGUUGGAUGCGGAGGGGAGACAUGAAGACAUUGAGAUCAAGAGAAGGUGUUUUUGGAGUGUUGUAUCCAUGGAUCGAAUUGCCAGUCUCAUCCUAGGGCGACCACUGGCUAUCCAGCUGGAAGACAUCGACGUUGAGCUCCCGCCCUUCGAUAUGCCUGCCAGUCCUGUCUCACUUCCUAAUUCUUUGUCGACGGCCUCUUUUGGAACCCCGGAGUGGCAUCUUGGAACCUCAAUCUUCGUACACAUUGUCAGGUACCGAUUGAUUUGCGGCAAGAUCCUCAACGUCCUCCACCGCAGUGCAAACACAACCAGGGACUCGCUAGUCACAUACGAGGAUAGUCGGAGUACCCUCGUCGAAGAGCUCCAGUCGUGGCGUGAAGGGACGAGCAACCUCCCAUUGAUACCAGCGGAGGUACCGCUUACCUCGACCGCCAGCAGGUCCAGUUUCCGCUCAGCAGAAUGGUACAACCUCCUCUACCACAACGGAAUUUUGAUGUUGUUCCGACCAUCUCCCACUCUAUGCGAUGCGAGCGGAAAUCGCACCGUGCUGCAACACAUGUUUGAUUCAUCACAAGAAGCCAUCAAGCUUUACGCCAACCUACAUCGCUCGAGAAAGAUCAACUAUUCUUGGGUGACACUGCACUCCAUCUUCAUUGCGGGACUUUCCUACAUCUAUGCCCUGCGAAAUCAUCUCCAGCAUAUUCAAAGCCGGAACCCUGCCAACGUAAACACGCCCAGAGCUACACUGCGAGCAACCCCGACAAUCAGCCAGGUUGUCAACGACACCCGGGCCUGCUCAAAAGUGUUGGUGGCGGUGUCCGAGAGAUGGGCGAUAGCGCGCAACUGCUCGGAAGUAUUCGACCGUCUCAGCGAUGCCGUCGUCGCUGACAUUGUUGAAGCCCAAACUGGACACGGCCCAGUAUCAACUGAGCCAGCAUAUGGCAAUCAAUCUACUGGCGAGACAAGUCAUUUGCCACAAUCCGUGGACAUGAGUCUCAAUGACGCCAUGUACGGCCAGGGUCCCAGCCAGAGCUUUAUCAACAUGACUGUCGACGAUACUCUACGAGAUUGCUUCGGGGACCUGCAGAAUAUCUGCUACGACCAGAACCAUAGCGAUGCUAUCGCUCAACUUUCGCAAGAUUGGUUAUUCGGAAUGGGAGAGACUCCGAGUCGCUACUUCUAG